AUGAUUAAUAUUGAUACUCAUGGUGAUACCUUUGACAACAACAACAACAACAAGAACCAACAAGACCUUUAUCCUCCCUCCCACCUAUCAUCAUAUACGACAACAACCUUUAUCAACAACAGGACAAAUCAAAGUCGAACCAGCAAUAGUAUUGAUACUGAUAUAGAUUUAGAUAUAGACUGUUUGGUUAAUAUGAAAGAUAAACCAGAUGUAGCUGGUGCAAUGGCCGAAGAGAGAAAAGGUGAUGGUUCAAAAUCAUCGUCAUUGGUAGAAAAGGAUAAAGACAAAGACAAAGACAAGGAUAAUACAAAGAGUUUGGAUGAUUCUAAUAAUAAUAAUAAUGGUCAAGAUAUAGAUGAUAUAAAGAUUCAUUCAUAUAUAUUACAUAUACCACAAUUGAAAUCAUGGUAUAAUAAGAUUAUCAAUAUCUGUUCAUCGAGUAGGACAAAACCUAUAGUGGCUGUUGUUUUAUAUGGAACCGUCAGUCUAUGUCAAACUAUAUUUAACAAAAAGGUGAUGAGCACCUUUAGAUUUGAUGCACCCAACAUUAUGUUGUUUUGUCAAAUGUUACUAUCUCUAUUUGUAUUGCAAACAUUAAAAUAUACAAAUACCAUCAAAUUGGAUACGACUUUAAAUAUUAAUAUUAUUAAAAAAUUGAUGCCAUUAUCAAUAUGUUAUGUAUUAAAUUGCAUUAAAGAGAUUGGUGGCAGUGGUGAUACUGCUGAUGGAAUAUUUUAUACUUGGUAA